UCCUAAAAGAAAAAAAAAAGGAAAAGAAAAUCGAGGAGAAACCCAUUUCUCUACACGAUUUAUUCCAAAAAAAAAAAAACUCCAUUUCGAAAUAAUUAAUCAUGGAAUUUAAAAAGCCCUAUUUUGUGGUGAUUCUGAUACAGACGAUUUACGCCGUAAUGUUCUUGCUCUCCAAGGCUGUCUUCGACAGAGGAAUGAAUACAUUCGUCUUUGUCUUCUACCGGCAGGCUUUCGCCACCAUCUUCUUGGCUCCUCUCGCUUUCUUCUUCGACCGGAAAACUGCUCCACCUCUUUCAUUCGUGACAUUCAUCAAGAUCUUCCUGCUUUCCUUCUUUGGUGUUACUCUAAGUUUGGACCUAAACGGCGUCGCAUUGGCUUACACAUCCGCCACCUUAGCCUCGGCCACCACCGCCUCCCUCCCAGCCAUCACAUUCUUCUUGGCCCUUCUUCUUGGGAUGGAGAGGUUGAAGGUGAAGAGUGUGCAAGGGACGGCGAAGCUUGUAGGGAUAAUCGUGAGCAUGGGAGGGGUAGCGACGCUUGCCCUAUACACCCGUCCCCAUGUGAAAUUACCAUUCUGCCUUCACCGACACGGCCAAGUUCAGGAUCACCGCCAUAUCAUCUCCUCCGGUGGUGCCACGUGGAUCAAGGGUUGCUUCCUCAUGAUCACUUCUAACCUUCUCUGGGGUCUCUGGAUCGUCUUGCAGGGCUUGGUGAUAAAAGCUUACCCUUCGAAGCUUUUCUUCACGACUCUUCAAUGCUUUUUAAGUUCGAUCCAAUCAUUUGUCAUCGCUAUAGCUCUCGAAAGAGACGUCUCGGCAUGGAAGCUUGGUUGGAACCUCAGACUCCUCGCCGUCGUUUACUGCGGAUUCAUUGUAACGGGGGCGGCGUAUUACAUGCAAUCGUGGGUGAUAGAGAAGAAGGGGCCUGUCUUCUUGUCGAUGUUCACUCCUCUCUCUCUCCUCCUCACUCUCCUCUCUUCAGCUCUUCUCUUGUGCGACGUCAUUAGCCUCGGAAGUGUUGUUGGUGGGGUAUUGCUGAUCAUAGGGCUCUACUGCGUUUUGUGGGGAAAGAGUAGAGAACAAAUGAACGGUGACGAUGAUCCCAAGUCUGCUCUAAGAAAGGAAAAUGAAGUCAAGGUUGUGGUUGGUUGAUCUUAGAUUUUUUUUUUUUUGGAUUAGUAUAUAUAAUUAUAUACACAUUUACACAACUUAAUCAUAUUUUCACGCAUAUUUUCCAUUUCAAUUGAGUAACUUCUUAUUUUCCCUCUUUUUGUUUUGGUCCCACGUGUAAUAUUUUUUCAGUCUUAUCAAUUUUCGCCCCUCGUAUUGUUUUUCCAAAUA